UGACGUCCAAGCUUCCAAUUGGAUGAAACCGGUUGACGGCCAAUACCAGCUAGGGGCAGAGUUGCAUAAAUCGUAGUGUAGAAAUGUGACCAAGAAUGAAUACGCAAAAAUGUGUUUAAAAAACAGCGAGGAACUCGAGCGAGGAACUCUUUCGCCUCCGUAAAGGCGAACAAGAAAAACUUUCCAGUGUGAGGAAGUCGAUAAGUAACCCUUGUUUCUAUUUUCCGCAUUUCUGGAAACAUUCCACGGUCGUGAACCUAAUUACGAGUGCUAAAUAUAGCUCUCUUGGAUCUGACUGGUCUUGACAAGUUUCGUUUUGCCGCCAAUAUCACGAGGGUAGUAUUCAGGCAAACGUUACGCGGGUCGCAAGUGGUCGCAAGAUUUAACAGGUAGUUCCUGCCCCUGACCUCCAGCAGAUCCCCUUAUACAUACUAAUUUAAAUAAGGUGCCAUUUCAAGGUCAAAAGCUGGAAAGAAAGGGCAGGAAAGGGUGACAUUGUAAUCUAAUCGGGAUGUAAGUUGUAACGAAGGUGCCGAUUGGAUAGCGGUGUCCCCCCUCUCCGUGAAGUUCUUGUCAUUGAAGUGCUACUAUGUUUACAUUUGAGUAUAAAACACUGGUUUGAUAAUUUUGCACGUGUUGCUUGCCUUGCGGAAUUUGUGUAAUUAUAUUUUUGUGUCAAAGGGUUCCAGAGCGAGGAGAAUAUAACUACCGUGUAAAUACAGUUUUAGAUAGUGCCGUAUGAAGUGCUGAGUGAGGGUUGUGAAUGAUACGAAAUAGUUUUAAGAAGUAAUAGUACACUAAUCGAAGAUGAAGAUUGCGAGAUAUAAGAAAGUUCACCGUUAUAUGAAUUUCUUUCGAAAUAGUUACGGAUUUCGGCUUCCGUAUCAAAUAUUAAUUGAUGGGACUUUUUGUGUAGCUGCUAAAAAGGGCAAAGUUAACAUAGCUGAGCAACUUCCGAAAUAUUUUGGUGGACCUGUCAAAAUACUUACUACGCAAUGUGUUAUAUUGGAAACUGAAAACUUUGGAAAACAGCUGUUUAGUGCACUGGUGAUUGUAAAACAGUUCAAGCAUCAUAGAUGUGGUCAUGAGGGAAAACCUAUUCCUGCUUUUGAGUGUCUUAUGUCUAUGCUUGGUGCCAAGAAUGAAAACAGAUACAUCAUUGCUACACAGGAUUUUAUUCUCCAGAAAGCUGCUAGUCAUAUUCCAGGGGUUCCUGUGCUCUAUCUCCAUGAGCAGACACCGACCCUAAAGCCACCCUCUGAAACUAGUACUCGGAUGGCUAACUUGAGCGGUCGUGAGAGAUUUUGCAGUAACAUGAGUGUACAGAGGGAACGCAUUACUGGCCUACAAGAAAAGCGCCGGUUUGGAAUUGAGGAAGAAGUGCAGCCAGAAAGGAAGCAUACGGAAACGGUUCAAAGGGCCCAACUCUUUCCUGCGAAGAAGAAAAGAAGAAGGCAGCAGGCAGCGCAAACUCCCAACCCAUAUCUUCGGCAGCAUGCCGAAUCAAUGUUGAGCCCGAGGCUCAACCCCAAGCGGCAAGCGCAAGCGAACCAAAAUAAGCACAGCAUAUCAAGGAACAGCUUUAAGAGAACUGUUGAAUAACAAGCUAAUUAAUUUGUAAAUUAAAAUUUUAUCUAACUUCAUUUUCCUGGUCUUAGAUAACAUCAGAAUGUCUCGGCAACUUUCACUAUGUCAAUGUCAGUUCUGUGUCAUGAAUUCAUUUGUAAGUUUUCGAUUAAUUUGAAAUAUCAGUUAAAUGUUUUAAUUUAAUCUUAGAAUGAUAGACACAGGCACUCGCCUAACACGCUCAUCGCUUUACAAAUAAUUAACUAUUAGUUUUUCAAAAAUUGUCCAUGAUUCAUGAUCGUGUAAAACCUUUCAUAACGGACAGCAAGAACAACUGCUUCAAUAACAAUAUAUUUCCUUCAACCAGAAAACCAUUAACUGCUUUUUCGAUGCCUGACUUGGACUUAAAUGUUAUAUGAUUGAAUUUUUCUUUUUUAUGGUAAAUAUCUCUUAAAAUAACAUUUUAAUCCAACAAAACAAUAUUAAAACUCUCUGGGAAAAAAAGUGUAAAAAUUAAUCCCUCCCCUUAAAUUGGUUUCCUUAAAUAUAAAAUUAUUUAAUUGGCAACAAAAAAAAUCUUACAUUUGGCAUAUUCAUUUGCCCAUUACAUAAGCAAAACUACAACAAAUAAUAUCGUAAAACUUUAUAAGCUGGCAGUAAAAACGUAACAUAAUGUAAAAAAGUGUUUUUGGAUUGAGCGGAUA